CCUAAAUUUUUGAUCGCUAAACAAGUAGUAUGGUUAUUCCUCUGAAAGGGUUACAGAAACAUAAAACAUUGAAUUAUACGACACUGCGGAAGUUUUCUUGUUCCGCCUGCUCAGUAAACCACGUACGAAAAUCUUUAGCCGCCUACAAGAAUUCACUUUCUGUUAUUUUUCAUCCAGAAAAAAUGAAGAUGGUUAUGUCCUUAUACUAAACUGUAAAUCAUAAUAUUUUUCACAGUGGAAAUUAUAUUUCGUCUCAAAUUUUCGAGGAAAAGCUAAACCAUUGAGUCAUCUUUAGUAUUUUCGAAGUAAACCGGAUAAUUUUGAACAACACUUAUUCAAAAUCAUUGUAUUUUUGAAAAGUGACCUUUUUUCUUAAAACUGAUUGUCUUAUGCUGUUUUCAUCAGUUUCUAAGACUGAACGAGAAAAGGAACUCAAUCACAAGAUUAUAAAACAUCACAAAUUGAUGUAAAACGUUUAGUCAAUUUUAUCAGUCUCUUGUACUAUAUUCCCGGAUUUACCCGACGGCAGAUGCAAUAUUAGAAAGCAUCUUCAGUUGAUGAUUUUUAGGCUUAAGACACGGAAAGAGAAACACCAAACAUAGCGAACGCGUCUUGGAACGAUUAUUUGACCAUGUCUUUCUGGGUGUUGACGGUGCUGUUGUAAAUAAAGGAAUAAUUCAAAUUUCCUUCACGGUGCUGAAAUUGACCUGUUUUUUUAUGUGGCACGUUUAAUCAAAUAUAUCAUGAUAAGUUGAAACUUUCAUUUCUGUUUUCCAAGAAAAUAUUUAAUUCUAGCGAUUAUAAAACACCAACCGACUUGAUUGAAAUAAAUCGGAACUCUAAGUGCAUUCUGGAUGCGCACUUUUAUUGUUAAUCUAAUUAAGAAUACGAAUCAUAAGCUGACAUAUUCACUCCUUGGUGUUGAACCGCGUUUGCAUAAUAUUUGUAGAAAUUUCUUGGUUCGCAACCUGUGUAAAUACUUCGUAGAAAAACGAGACAUUUCAUUCAUCAGAAGAGUAAACAAAACACUUUUUAUUAACGAAUAAAAGGUCGUUUAUCAUCGAACACUCUUUAUAUCAGUUGAUUGAUGUUCGUAAACUUAAACAGCCGUAAUUUUUAAUGAAACAACUUGACUGAAUCGAGGCUCCUCUACUCUCUUCAUCUCUCUGGUUUAUCCGAUCGAUAAUUUAAGACGAACAAAACAAGUGGUCAUCCUAACCACAACACCUACGAGGUUUUUUUUUUACGAAAGUUUUAUAGAUUAUCAUGGCCGAAGUCAGAAGCAACGCGAUUGCUAGUUUAGACUACCUACCUAAUAGCUAAUAAAGGUGAAUGCCUUUUAAAGAAUGGAAAAUUUUUAUUAUCCUCGAGUGUUUCCGAGAAGCGAAUAUACUUAACUUGGACAAGUUCUUCCUGCUGCAAUCCGUUCCUUUCUCAACUGAAGCUCGUAAAUUGUUAGAUGAAUAACUCAGGAACUAAAUCAGAGAUAAAUGAUGGCAUAAGAAAUCGAUAAAAGCUGCUUUUUAAACACAACUCUGAUCGCUAUAAACACAGCACCGAUGGGUGAUUGAUAAAUACUUCCAUUGACCAUCGCAUUCAUUUAGCUUAAAUUUGGACCGAGUUCAUUUCCCUCAUACAAUGAACUGCAAAUGGACCACCGCAUUAAUCUACUUGUUAUUCAUCUAAAAACUAAAAUAAAUUUCUGAAUUUAAGUCGCUUAUUUUUGCCUGAGUAGUGGGUGCACGAUAUAAUUUCAUCUCUGGCGAUUAGUUAUCGACUUUGUCCGCGGUUAUUGUUCAACCAUCCACUUUCGAUUUAGCGACUGCAUUUUAAUGAUAUUUAAGUCUCAUAAUGUUUCCUCACGCGAAUCGAAGCUUUUAAAAAAACUGCAACUCCCAAGCUAGAUAUUUUACCAUGAAGAGUAGCUUGCAAGGAUGCUUGAAAAACGUCUCUGUUGGAAGGCCUAUUUGCUCUGUCACAUAGUGUCAUUAAAAUACUGAAGACAAUAUUCAUCGAUGGGAAAGGUGAGGAAAAAGGAUUUGGAGGCAGUAAAAGAAUUAGCUCAGAAUAGACUAGCAUUAACCCGAUGAUAGCUUUCAAUUGCUUGCUUCAUAGAGACCCCGUGAGAGUAAUUGUUAUUAUGAAUAAAAUACCGUAUUUACGAAAUAUUGUCUUUGCCAAAAUAGCGAUAUUUAGAUAAUAAAAAAGCCAGCCUUGUUCAAAGUCAAGUCUUUUUACCAUCAAUUUUUCAACACAUUAUUUUGGAUUACUAGACUACAGCUGCAACUGUAAAUAAACAUGGUCUUUAAUAUUCAGAUACAAUUAGACAACAGAACUUUCUGUCGUUUCCACAUUCGAGAAAUUUUAGUAUCCAGAGCGCAUUUAUCGCAAUUGAACAAAACAUGGGCUACUUAAACUAAAAAUAAAUCCUUGCACGAUUGCAUUACAGCUCUUCGUGUUGGCGUGAAUAUCACUCCGGUUUUUUAAUUGUGCUGGGUCGAAAACUUGUUUUUCGGAGGACAGCUGAUAUGGUAAUUCACUAAAAUUAAUGAAGGAAUAUUUCCUAGGGCGCGACAAGUGUUCGUAAGUGACAAGAAACAUCCUGAAUAUAGAGUAGCUGCUCUUAAUUGGAAUACAUGGGGGACGAAAACAAUAAAGCUCUUAGCAGAAUUGUAGAGAUAAUGAAGUUUGUUGACAAAACUAACGCCAAUCGGUUAAGCGCGAUUCAUAGUUAGAUAGCUUCAACGAGGCCACGCGAAUUGAAUUGUCGUUUUCACCCGUAAAAAGAUAAACCGCAUCGCAUAACAAGCCACACACUUGAAUAACAUAUCAGAUACAAGUGAUUUGUGUCAACGUGUAAAACAUCAAAAUCAGACGGGAAAGGAUCUUUAUAAUAUUCGCAGUGACAUGAGCUGAUACGGUUCAGGUUUUUGUUUGUGAGACUCAUGAAAUCAAACGCAAGCAGUGCAGCUUAGAGUAGGAAGAGAGAGCACUCGCUCAACACUUGAACAUAAACCAAGGAAAAUUACCUUCGAUUCACAGCUAUCAGAUCCAUACCCGCUUGUGCUAGUUGCUCAUUUCUGAGAUCAGCUUUCCGAGUCGCCCCACAGCUUGAAUCACAAGAGCAAAAUCUAACGCUUUUCGGAAGAACACUAAGGAGACCCAUGGAAUAAAUCGUUCAAGCAAAAUUUUUCAUCGUGCUGGUGGCCCUCCAUUUUCAUACUGGGCCACAGACGUUAAAGCAAAAUUUCGUGUACAACAGGACAAUGCGUGACGACAACAUGACGAAUCUUCUACAUAAUGAGUCGAGACAAAAUCAAAACUAUUCCUCAAGACACGAAGAUUAUGAAGAAGAAGACUGGGCACCUCGUUUCAUCGCUAAAUACGACCUCCCUGGUGUGUUUAUGGCCUUCGUCAUUGUCCUCGUUAAUUCACUUGUCUUCAUCCUUGUAACCAAGAAGCGCUCUCUCAGAACCCCAACAAACUUUUUCCUCAUUGGAUUGGCAGCGAGUGAUCUCCUUAAUGGGCUCAUCACUUUGCCAUUGAGUAUUACGUGCAACAUUUUUCAAGAGGCUGGCCCGUGCUUUGCUUCAAUUUACAUCUGGAUGUUCACGUCAUUUGUCACCCUGUCGCACAUUUUAGCAGUGACUGCCGAUCGCUUUAUAGCGAUCAUGUGUUCUUUGCGCUAUCCACUGAUCAUGACCAAGCAACGAAGUUACAUAGCCCUGGCCUUUGUAUGGCUCAGUUCACUGUUCGUCUCUCUGAUGCAGUUAUGGUGGCUCAGGCCAGAUAGCUAUGAUCCCCAGGGUGAAGACCAACCAGAAGAGCAAAAGAAGGAGAAAGCCUUUUUCACUGCGUGUGUUGUGUUAUAUCUCGUCAUUCCAGUUCUUUUCAUGGCUGUCGCUUAUUUGAUGAUUUUGCGUGAAGUGCGUCGACAAAUUCGCCGAGAGUAUCAAAACGUUCCUGCCACAGCAACCUCAACGGAGUCAGAACAGCGACAAUGGAGGCGGCGAGAUGGCAAAGCCACUUUUAUCUUUCUUGUGAUGUUUUUCACCCAUGUUGCAUGUUGGUUGCCUUUCUUCCUCAUAAAAUUUCAAGAAAUUUUCAACUCUUUCUUUCUACCCGUGUGGACUCAGUACUUGUUCGGAUAUCUGCGGUUUGCAUCGUCAAUCCUUAACCCUUGUUUGUACAUCUUCGGCAAGCACGACUUCCGGAAAGCAUGGGAAAUGCCAUGCACAUUAAGCCGACAGAGAAAUCGGGAAAAGUCGGAAUUGGUCUCGAUGAUGAUGAACAGUCAGGUGUAAGCAUCUGGAAAACCUGAUUGGAGUAAUCAAUAUUCCUAAUGGCUGCUAUUCAUUUUCUUAUCGCUCGGUUUAGAGGGCAGGUGAUUCUUCAAGAAAACGCCCUGACUCUGAUAGGUUUGUUUAAUCAUAUGAUAUCACCUUUUGUUGGACAAAUCAUCAUAUCCCAAAAUAAAUACAAAUACCAUUAAGAAUUACAUAGCUAAAUACCGUAAAUUCUCCAAUAGACCCGCCCCUCUAAUAAGCUACCCCCUCUAAUAGACCCCCUCUUUAGAGGUAGAAUUUUAUUAAGCCCCUUUAUUAAGCCCCCCCCACCCCUCCCCCUCAAAAAAAAAAUUAAAAAUAACGCUCCAUGUCAGUAAGUACGAUAAAUUUAUUGGAAUACUGUUAUUUUAGUUUGACAUUUAAAAUUGAUUAUGAUGAUUAAUUGAUUGAUUGAUUGGUGUUAUCAUGAUGGCAUCAAUAGAAUACGGUAUCCGGAAAUUACAAAGCGAUGCCAAAAAUAUAACAUGGCUAAACAAGGUCCAUUGAGAGAGUUAGAUCAUAAAAUUGAGUUCUUUGUGGAGUUCUAAAUUACUAAGCCCUCCCCCCGCUUUUAGGCCUGCCCUUCUAAUAAGCCACCCCCCCCAAGGUAUUUGAAAGCCCCGGGGGGGUUAUUAGAGGAUUUACGGUACACUGCACACCAGUAUGACGUAAGGCUAGCUUACCUUCCUGCCGUAUAUUCCGCACUAAUCCAAAGAAGAGGUUCGUUUAUUUUAAAUAAAAGGUAAUUGUGAUCUUGCAGUUGGUGUGGAAAUUAUCACAUGCUCAUUGUCAAUAAGGGUUUAAUUAGAGAACUGAAAACUACAUCCUUUGCAAUCGAUUAUCAUGGACAAACUAUCAAUAUGUUGUAUCCAGUACUUAUUGUAUCUAUAUUAGAAAGAUAUAUUUGUAAGCCACAUGAAUUAGAUGAGGCCGAGUUUUUUUUUAAGAGGCCAAAGAUGUUAGAAUAUCGCAUCAAAAGUAAAUCCCCGGAUGUAAUAAAAACUUGUUUGAAAGGAGA